UGAAACUUUCCUUUUCAGGUCUUCAAUUACAGUUUGUAUGAAUGACUAAACACCUGAAUUAUUAAUAAACUCCCAAAUGGAGCUUUGUGAAAACUGUGGAGAAUUUGCAGUGGAUGAAGACGAACUUGUUUGCAAAGCUUGUGGCAUAGUUACUGAUGGAAACAAAUUUAAUCCUGAAAGUAAUAAAUUUCCCAAAGUUUUCAAUCAAUACUCAACAAGCCGUUAUCAUCUGAAAUCAUCAAAGUAUAAAAAAAAACCAGAAAAUCUGGUCUAUGGAUUAGAUAUAUUGAAAUAUUUAGUUCGAGAAUACAGUAUCACACCAGAUGUGGAUAAUGAAAUCCGUGAACUUUAUAAUACAGCAUAUUCAAGAAGGAAAUGUAAGUGUAAGGAAGAUGUUGGUGUGCUUGCUGGCUGCUGCUUAAUGCAAAUUCAGAGGAAGCAUGGCCUCUUUUUCUCUGUUCAAGACUUAUGUGGCAAACUUAAGUGCAGUAAGAAAAAAUUUUAUCAUAUAUUAAAAUUUGUAAAAUCUUUUGCUGGGAAUGAAAACAUUGAAAGUAAACAUACUUCAUCUGAAGUCGAUGUGAAUAUUGAAAUACCUAAACAUGUUAAAGAUAUGAUUCCUGUACUAUUAAUAGGCAUACCUGAAGAAGAGAGAGAUAUACUUAUUGACAAAACAACUAGAUUACUUAAGCUUGCUUUUUCAUGUUGGAUACUUACUGGAAGGUCACCAAAAGGUGUCAUUAUUGCUGCUGCAUUCUUGUGCUGGAAAUCCAUGCAUCCCAGCAGAAAGACUUUUCCUUUGACAAAAUUUUGUUCCAUGUAUUCCUUGUCUAACAGUCAAGCAACCAAACGAACUUCUGAACUCAAAGCUGCUCUUUUGAAACUUGCAAAAAACAUACCUUCGUAUAGUGAGAAUUAUGUGAAUGAAAAAAAUGUGACUCUUCAUUUAGAUUUUAUAUUAGAAAACUCUGAAACUUUACGCAAUGAUCUUCUCACAAAUGAAUAUUUGGAAGAAGAAAUAAACUGUAAGGAGUAUAAGUCUUUUAGGGUGCAAAGGAUAAGGCCUGAACGAGAAAUUGGUGAUAAUACUCAAUGUGAUCUUGAUAUGCGAGCUUCUGAUGUUGAAAUAUCAGACACAGAAAUUGAAUCUUAUUUAAGAAGUGAUGAACAAGUUAAAUUAAUUUCUUCCCUGCAGAGCUUGGAAUAAAUUUUGUUUAUUAUAUUUGA